UGUGGAGGGAGAAGUCGUGACCGCCCUUGGGAAGACCUAUCAUCCCAACUGCUUUGCCUGCACUGUGUGCAAACGUCCUUUUCCUCCAGGGGACCGGGUUACCUUUAAUGGAAGAGACUGUCUCUGUCAAAUGUGUGCUCAGCCAAUGUCAUCCAGUCCAAAAGAACUCUCCAAUUCCAGCAAUUGUGCAGGCUGUGGAAGAGAUAUAAAAAAUGGACAAGCAUUACUAGCCUUGGAUAGACAGUGGCAUUUGGGAUGCUUCAAAUGUAAGGCCUGUGCAAAGGUGCUGACUGGAGAAUACAUCAGCAAAGAUGGUGCACCUUACUGUGAAAAGGACUAUCAGGUUCUCUUUGGUGUGAAAUGUGAAGCAUGCCACCAGUUCAUUACUGGGAAAGUCCUAGAGGCUGGUGAUAAGCAUUACCAUCCGAGCUGUGCACGAUGCAGCAGAUGCAGCCAGAUGUUCACAGAAGGAGAAGAAAUGUACCUGCAAGGUUCCACAGUUUGGCACCCCGAUUGUAAACAGUCCACUAAGGGAGAAGAAAAGCUGCGGCAUUCCUCAUCUGAUUACCUUUAUACAAAGAGUUUGGUACUUCGUAGACCACGCUAUUCAGAGCUGUUUUCACCACCUUGUAUAAUGAACUCCAUCAAAAAACUAAGGCAGCCUACAAGAACAUCCUCAGAAAGUAUUUAUUCCAAAACUGGCUCCAGUAUACCUGGCUCACCAGGACACUCAAUCUAUGCAAAAGUAGACAAUGAGAUCCUUGAUUAUAAGGAUCUAGCAGCCAUUCCCAAAGUCAAGGCCAUUUAUGACAUUGAGCGUCCAGACCUAAUUACUUAUGAGCCCUUCUACACUUCCGCCUACGAGGAAAGACAGGAGAGGCAAAGCCUUGGAGAGACUCAGAGUUCCAGAUAUGGCAGUUCUCCUGUGCACGAUGAAAGUUCUCCAAGGACACUGUCUCCAACCCCAUCUGCAGAGGGUUAUCAAGAUCUUCGGGAUCGGAUGAUCCAUCGGUCCACCAGCCAGGGUUCCAUUGGUUCUCCUGUGUACAGCCGUCAUAGCUACACUCCCACAAUGUCACGUUCACCACAGCAUUUUCACAGACCUGAACUGCUGUCUACUGGUGUGCAGCAGUUAUCCCACCUGCGCACUAGCAGUCCCAGCUCCAUCCACAAUGAUUCCCGCCCUUACUCCCCUUUCCGACACCACUUCAUUCCCCAUGUCAAAGAUGCUGCCUCAUUCUUCAUAGGCAAUGAGCCGUCCAGCGGUCGGAACUCCCCUGCCCCUUACCGGCCAGACAGCCGCCCUCUAACACCAACUUACGCUCAGGCCCCUAAACAUUUCCAUGUUCCAGAUCAAGGCAUCAAUAUUUAUAGAAAACCACCUAUCUACAAACAACAUGCUGCUUUGGCAGCCCAGAACAAGUCCUCCGAUGAUAUCAUCAAGUCCUCCACGUUCCCAGCAGCCCACGCUCCAGCACCCAACGAGAUUCCAAAGAUUGAGACAGAAUACUGGCCAGGUCCUCCCUCACUUGCGGCUGUAGGUUCUGACAUGAGACGCAGAUCAACCGGCCGAGAUGAAGAUCUUGAGGAACUUCAGAGGCGUCGACAACUACAGGAGGAACAAUUGAUGAAGCUCAACUCAGGUCUGGGCCAAUUGAUAUUAAAAGAAGAGAUGGAAAAAGAAAGGUUAUCACUUUCCACCAGUCGUCAUGAAUUGCCAGUUAAUUCAGCCUCACAUGCCACUGCCUCUAAAACCUCUUCCCUCCCUGGCUAUGGAAGAAAUGGACUUCAUCGGCCAGUGUCUACAGACUUUGGUCAGUAUAACAGUUACGGAGAUGUGAGCAGUGCUGCUCGAGAUUUCCAGUCCCUCCCAGAUGAUCAUGUCCCUGGAAUGCGAAUGGACAGAGGAGUAUCUAUGCCUAACAUGUUGGAACCAAAGAUUUUCCCAUAUGAAAUGCUCAUGGUGACCAACAGAGGGCGAAGUAAAAUUCUAAGAGAAGUGGACAGAACCAGAUUGGAGCGUCACUUAGCACCUGAGGUUUUUCAAGAAAUAUUCAGCAUGACGAUACAAGAAUUUGACAAGUUACCUCUGUGGAGACGGAAUGAAAUGAAGAAGAAAGCCAAACUCUUCUGAAUCACUCUGUCUUUUUGAAGGGGGAAAAAGCAAAUCACAUAUAGGAUGACAUAUUAUUACCUUAAGUCCAAACACUUUUUGAAGAGUAACCACUCAAGGAGCAAAGAAGAAAAAAAGGGAAGAUCUGAGAGAGGCAUCUAUAUACAUCUUGUGAUUCUGCAAGGGCCUGUCCACUUUGUCAGAGAGCCGUGGCAUGAAAGUGUCUGUGUUCAAAAUCUCAGCAGUGGUUUUCAUGCAUUAUAAAGUUUUUACACAUGUAUUCCCAAUAUGGAGCUGCUCUGCCCUCCCUGUUUUCCAUUUUUUUCAAAGGUCAAAGGGACUACAUUGAUAGAGCCAGGAAGUGCCCAUAGGACACCAAGCCACAAUGAUGUAGUCAUGAUCUUGCCAAGGGAUGAAUGAAUGAAUAUAUUCAGUAGUUAAGGAAGGAAUCCUGUGUAAUAUAUUUAUCCUUUGGGCAUGGCCAUUACAGUUCAUUGGCAUUGUUCUCAAACUGCCUAUUAUUUCUGCUCAUCAGCAAAGCAGGCCAGUGAUGCAGCUCCAGUCCGCUCUGCUGCAAACCAGCCUAAUUCUUUGAGAGCUAACUGCCAGCUUGCACUUGCGCAUAUCUGCUAGGAAUCUCAAUAGCAAAUUGCUGUGGUCGUUGACAGGCCUCCCCUCCUCCAUUUCCCCGAACCCCCCCCUUUAAUUAAUUAAUACAGCUCCUGCUUUAAGCCAAUUGCUUGAUGUUAACAAGAGUAGCAAACAAAAAAGGGUUGGUUUGUCAUGGAGAGGAGGAAAGGGUCUCCAUUCAGACUUGAUGCGAAACCAUGGAGGAACCGGUCAGCACGCAGUUAUUGGAUCCUGGCCUGUCUCAUCGGAUUCUGGCUUUGAGUGUUGUCACUCUUUUCUCCCCCUCCCUACCAGAGACACAGCUACUGCCCCAUCAUCCUGUCUUGUGGGGAUCACUGAUGGCAACAAUUUCAGCACAUCAGCAGCUUGCUACUAUUUGCUGCUGGCAACAGGAAGGUGGUAAAGAUUCUCUUGGGAAGCUGUGGCUGCUCACAGAACAGCAGUCUGCUUCCAAGCCCUCAGAGGCUUGUGUGAGGAGCUGGAAGCCCUUCCCUCAGAAGGGAGAAAAACCCUGAGGGAAUCAAUCUCCCCCUGCCAAUUCCAGUGCACCACUCACACACAGCCGCAACCAACUAAACCCACUCAAAUCGCCUGUGCUCUCUCCAUACAUAACACGUCCAUCAGAUACUGUAUCCCUCCCACCUCAAUUUUUUGACUCAGAAGGUUUUUGACUCCACACAAACGCUUUCUACCUGCCGAUCACAAAUACUUCAAGUGUUCACAGACAGAGGCCAUAAGAACCCAUAUGUUCUGCAGCAGUUUCUACUUAUGCAAUAAACACAUAGGUGAAUAGCAUUACCUGCACUUUCCUGAGCAGAGAAAGCAAUAAUAGCUGUAAAUUCUAGCCAAGAUAAGUUGGAUAUAAAGGGAAGGGGAUGUUGCUGCAGAAAACACAGGAGUAGCGAUUUAGCUUUCUCUUCAUCUAGCCACCCCCUCCCUCCUCCAGCUCCAUUGCCUCACUGUCAUGAAUGUCCAUAGGGUCCUUUUGUAUAAGGCAUUUUGUGGAUGGAGCACAGGAGGUUAAGACAGCCAGGGCUCCAUUGGCAUUGCUUUUUCCCUUAGGGUGGAUGGAAGGAAGGAAGGAAGGAGCUUGUUGCAUUGCUUUGUUUUUAAGAGAGUGGAAGUGGGGUGGAGAGAAGAGUUUGUCUCAAGGGAGUCUUGGCACCAAGGGCAAGGAGAGGCUUGGCCCAGUGAGAGCCAGCUGGAGGCAAGAUAGGUUUCACUUCUGAGCGACUCUUGCCAGACGAUUCAGUCAAUGAUGUGGAGCAUCUGCCAGGAUACUCCAUUUGUGCGUGUGAAGUGUUGUCAUGUUGCACCCAACAUAUGGCAACCCCCGUAGGGUUUUCAAGGCGAGUGAUUAAGCAGAGGUGGUUUGCCAUUGUCUUCCUCUGCA